AUGGAUUUCGGCUGCUUCAAUACCCAUACAGGGGACUGGUUUCCAUUCGAAUCUGGCAUAUACCCAGAUGGACUUCAAGAUUUCCACCAUUUUGACGAUGCUUUUGAUCAUGUAUCGGCAGUGGCAGACGGGUAUCCUUCGGGCUUCGAACUUAAGGCCUUGUCGUCACCAGUACCACACGGCCUCCAGAGAGGGAUGCCCGUCGAGGGCCUCCAGAUCAGGGCCGGUGUAUCAUCAGGCUAUCCACAGAGAAGCCUCAGCGGUCACACGGGACCGGAUCCCAGCCACUCAUCCGUGGUUCUUAAUGUCCAGCCUCUCAUGGCUAUCGGGCUUCCUGACGAGCUCUCGUGCGUGACAGGCGAUAACAAAUCAUGCAGAGGGGGAGUCGAGAUGAAUAGCAAAUGCACGCCUGUGAAGAAAAGCAGCGGCCGCAAAACUCACAAAAAGCCGAAUAAUGUAGUGAAGGGGCAGUGGACCCUCGAAGAAGACAGAUUGCUAGUGCAAUUGGUGGAGCAGCAUGGAUUGAGGAAGUGGUCGCAUAUAGCUCAAAUGCUGCGUGGGAGGAUAGGAAAGCAAUGCAGAGAAAGAUGGCACAACCAUUUGAGGCCUAAUAUCAAGAAAGACACUUGGAGCGAAGAAGAAGACAAGAUUCUGAUCCAAGCGCACUCAGAAGUAGGGAACAAGUGGGCGGAGAUUGCCAAGAGGCUGCCUGGGAGGACCGAGAACUCCAUCAAGAACCACUGGAAUGCAACCAAGCGAAGACAGUUCUCCCGAAGGCGGUGCCGCAGCUCCAAGUACCCCAAAUCUGUCUCUCUCCUGCAGAACUACAUCAAGAGCUUGGCUUUGCAGGGGGGCAUAGUACCAACAGUACCAGCAGCAUCCGCUGCAGCCCCUAGGUUACCGGCAGACGACCGCCUGAUCAAGAGCACCGAAAGCAAUGACGGCGGCUCAGAGCAGGCUUCGAUGGCCCUGCUGACAUGCAUACCCUUAGAAGGUCUAUCCGUGGAUGUGGGUGCAUAUGUCUGCGGAGGCAGCGACGACAUCCUGCCAGCCUGCCACUUGAGUGACAUGGCUAAUCUUCUACUCGACAACAACAAGGUUGAUCAUGUGCCGCCUGAGAGAUACUACGACAUGGGGUACCUCUUUGACCAGCUGGGUUGCGGUCCAGGGAUUGUCAAGAUGGGCUGCCUCGACAUGGAGAUGGCGUGGGAUGAGAUGCCGAUACCAUGCGACGCGAACAUGAAGGUGAAGAAGGAGAUGGACCUGGUGGAGAUGAUCGCUCAGAACAAAAAUAAUACUGGUGGCGGGCAGCAGCCGUAA